CGCAGAGUCCCAGGCUCCCAGCCAUCGCCAAUUCGCCGAGCGAGAGCCUUCCCCGUUAGUCCUACUGCCCAAGUGCCCAGCGCCGACUGCCGAGCUCCGACGGCCUAGUCGCACACUGCCCAGCACCGAGUCGCCUACUCCGUCAAUCCCAAUUGAAUCAGAGCACAUCGGAAGAUCGGGAAGCUCACUGAGUCACAAAACCUUGUUACUCGGUCCAUUUCUUGUUCUCAGCUCCAUGAGGAUGGCAAUCUAUUCCGGAAGAGAUUGCCCCAAUCCCGGUUGCUACGAGGUCCAUCCCCUCUCUAUCCGGGCCGUGAAAUUCGUUCCUCCGUUUUCCCCUAUGUAUGAUGCAGGGGAUGCCAAACUUUAUCAUGAGCCUCAAACAAUCAAGGACUUCCAAAAUCCCAUACUAGAGCAACAUCUUGUAUAUGAGAGAUUGGUGGAAGACCAUAAUGCAACACUUUCAUCUCCCCUCUUGUCACUCAAUCUCGGGGACGCCUUCUCACUUUUGUAAAGUUACUUGGGAUUGUAGGCGAGAAUAUUCGGUGUACUUUUUCGUGAAAGCAUCCUAAUCUCCUACGAAUCGUCAUCCGAAUUAGAAAUUGAACUGCUGAAGUGUGUUAUUGGGUGGCUCCAUCGGGUUUUCUCACCGCAAAUUGUGAUGCCUCUAUAAUAAGCCGAGCAAUUAGGAUUGUUU